AUGUUUAAGAAUGUAAAGGGAAAGGACACAGCAGGAGACGUAGCACACACACACCCAGGGACACCUUCCAUACAUAAAACAUCCAGCAGGAACUAUUCACGGGUCAUAACGGGAGAGGGCGACCGGGAGGCAUCUGCACAGACCGAAAUAAUAAAAGGUAAAAAUUUUAUUGGGAGUGCUUCAACACCAAAAGAAACAGUCACAGACCGCCUGAAGAAUAGCUUAGAAAAGGGCAAGAAGUCUCUUUUAAAUACAUUUAAGAAAUAA